AUGCGUGGAGCUAUCGUCUUCAGCGGCUCGUCGCACCCUGCCCUCGUCGACGGCAUCUGCGACCGCCUGGGUUCAAAGCGGGGCUCGGUAUCUUUGGGGAAAUUUGCAAAUGGGGAGACGUCAGUGUCGAUACAUACGUCGAUCCGAGAGAAGCAUGUCUUUAUCGUGCAGAGCGGGAGCGAGAAGAUCAACGACGCCGUCAUGGAGCUACUGAUCAUGGUGUCCGCCUGCAAAGGUGGUUCCGCAAAGUCAAUCACAGCCGUCAUGCCCUACUUUCCCUACUCGCGCCAGUCCAAGAAGAAGCAACACCGCGGCGCCAUUACCGCUCGCAUGGUCGCCAACCUACUCCACAUUGCCGGCGUCGACCACGUCGUCACCAUUGACCUCCACGCCUCCCAGAUGCAGGGCUUCUUCAAGUGUCCCGUCGACAACCUCCUCGCCGAACCACUCCUCGCACGGUGGAUCCGAGUAAAUAUUCCAAACUGGAAGGAAGCCGUUGUUGUGAGCAAAAACCCCGGUGGUACGAAGCGCGUCACAUCACUAGCCGAUGCAUUAAAGCUUAGCUUUGGCAUCGUCACAACGGACCGGCGAAGGGGCGGCACGAUCCACAUGAGCGAGAGUGCACUGUUCGACCAGUUGAAGAUGGAUGGGGCAUAUGGGACGCCAGGAGUUCUCGAGGCCGCUUUGGAUACGGACGCCCAUAUUACGCCCGCUACCAGCUCGUCGUAUAAUCAUCGCGGCGAGAACGGCAAACCCAAGAUUCAAACGCGGUUUACGAACCCGCUUCAGAGACGUGCCAAUGCGGUGGAAUCUUCUGGUAGCCCUCUUGCCAAAUCAGUGAGGGUCGACUCGGUCCCGGAUGCCGAGAUUCCGCCGGAGACGCUACCGGACAGCGAUCCGCCAGGACAAGAUGCUGACGAGCAAGACGAAAGUGCCGAGGAGUACACUGACGAGCGUGCCAGAGAUGUCAUUCAUGGGCGCCUGGUCCAAGGCCACAUUGUUGAUGAGAGCCAUCCGUCACCCGCCAUGUCCGCGACCUCGAAUUCGACUUGGCGCCACAACCGCGCCGCUUCCGAGACCGAAGACGAUUGUAUUCCGGAUCACAUGAUCUCCUCCUUUGUUUCCACCGCCUCCUCUGUCCGAAGACUGGAAAAUAGUGAACAUGCACAUGCGUUGGGUGGUACGAUCGAUGCCGCGGCGUCGUCUGAAGAUGAGGAGGAUGAUCUGAAUAACCCGGGGCUGGAGACCAUGGUAACGCUUGUUGGCAAUGUGAGAAAUCGCCCGGUGAUUUUGCUCGACGACAUGAUCGACAAGUCCACUUCCUGGAUCGCCGCUGCGGAAACGGUGGUGAAGCGCGGAGGAGCCACGCAGGUAUACUGCAUGGCGACCCACGGUCUCUUUGGCGGAGACUGCCUGGCGGAGAUGAAUGCAUGCGAAUGCAUCGAUAAAAUCAUCGUCACGAAUUCGUUCCCCAUUCCCGAGUAUAAGCAGGCGCAGGCGAGGGAUAAGUUGGUCGUCAUUGGCGUGGACAACCUGCUGGCAGAAGCUAUCCGCCGAAAUCAUCACGGAGAGAGCAUCUCACAAUUGUUUAUGCAUUAUGACUAG